AUGGAUAUAGGUACAUCUGUCCUGUUUAAGGUCCAUCCUACUAUUGGCACAGAUCAGAUAUUGAAAUAUGCUCUACCAGAUACUGUAACGCCUCUUGUGCAUACAAAAUAUUUGCUGAAUUCUUAUUGCCAAGUCAUUGAAUUUCAGGAGGCCCAUAAAAUGCUUCAACCAGCUGACAAGACUCUGAAGACAAUGGCAAUAGAAUUUUCCGAGUAUCAAGUUUGCGUUGAUGUCUUCAUUACCACCCAGAGUUAUGUAGAUAUUGCUUCCGUCUCUGUUGUCCCAAAAACUACUGGAGGACAGAUAUAUUAUUACUACCCUUUUUCAGUCCUUUCUGAUUCUGCCAAGCUUUACAAUGAUCUUAGAUGGAAUGUCACGCGACCUCAAGGUUUUGAGGCAGUGAUGCGUGUACGAUGUAGCCAGGGUCUCCAAGUUCAAGAAUACUCUGGAAACUACUGCAAACGUAUUCCGACUGAUGUGGAUCUUCCUGGGAUUGACUGUGAUAAAACUAUUAUGGUCACCUUAAAACAUGAUGAUAAAUUCCAGGAGGGGUCUGAGUGUGCUUUUCAGUGUGCCCUUCUCUACACAACUGUAUAUGGCCAAAGAAGAAUCCGAGUGACAACAUUAUCACUUCCAUGCACAACAGUGCUCAGUAAUCUGUUUCGGUCUGCUGAUCUGGAUACUCAGUUUGCAUGUUUCUUGAAGCAUGCGGCAAAUGAAAUAACUACCAGCCCACUUUCACAAAUCCGAGAGCAGAUUAUGAACUUCUGCAUAAACAUUCUGCAUUCAUAUCGUAAGCAUUGUGCUACAGUAUCAUCAUCUGGACAACUGAUUCUUCCUGAGGCGCUUAAGCUUUUGCCACUCUAUACCCUUGCAUUGGUUAAAAGUAUAGGAUUGCGAACUGAUGGACGAUUAGAUGAUCGUUCAUAUUGGAUCAGUCGUGUUUGCUCUAUUUCUACUCCUUUGGGGGUUCCUCUCGUUUGUCCAAGGUUGAUUGCUAUACAUGACCUUAUUUCAAAGGAGACUGAUGGAUCUCUCAUACCCCCUUCAAAGCCACUUUUCAGUGAGAAUAUAACUGAUGAUGGAAUCUUUCUCCUAGAGAAUGGUGAAGAUUGUUAUAUUUAUGUUGGGAACUCAGUGAAUUCAGAAAUUCUGCAGCAAAUAUUUGGAAAUUCGUCUGUCGACGAAAUACCUGCCCAGUUUGUGCUGCAGCAAUAUGACAAUCCAUUAUCAAAGAAAGUAAAUGAAGUAGUAAAUGAGAUAAGGCGUCAAAGAUGUUCUUACCUCCGGAUUAGAUUGUGCAAGAAACCAGAUCCUUCAGGGAUGCUGUUCUUUUCUUACAUGGUUGAAGAUAAGUCUCCAAGUGGGCUGUCUUAUGUUGAGUUCCUUGUACAUAUCCAUCGGCAAAUCCAAACUAAAAUGGUGUGAACCAGUAGUUUUGUUGACUUCUGUCUCAAAGAGUACUUAAAAUUGCUGCAACGGAGAGAAGCAGAAAAGAAAGCAUUAGACCCGUGCUUAUAAAUGGCCUCUCAGAGCAGCCCAUUGGUUCCUCCCGAAGGCAUGUGCAGUGGAAUUUCCAUUGGAGUUUUGCACUAUUCAUCUAAUAUAUUCAACACAUAGGAAGUAAUAAAUAUUAAAGUGUAGCUUUUGCUAUCAUUUGUUGUCUUUACCAUUAGCGUCUUUUUUACCCCCAUCCUUCCUGUAAAACUAAGAACUGUAAGAUAAAAGCGACAGUAUAUUUUUCCUAGUCAAUUAAAAUUUAUCAUUUCUCAUCCUAA